AUGUUUCACGAUGAUGAAGUUCCACUCCGUUCAGCUAAAAAUAUGGUUCGUCGGUUACGAGUUGCUAGUGAUCGUCUUUGUCGGAAUGAUUUUUUGUCUUCAAUCUGUACUAAUGAUUUAAACGAUGCUGAAAUGAUUGUCGAUUAUACGGAUAGCACUGAUGAUAAAAAUGAUGAAUCAGAUAGUCGUAUGCUGCUAGAACAAUAUGAUGCAUUACAUGAUCGUAUGGUGUUAGAAGAAAGUGAUGAAUUUAAUGGUCGAAUGCUGCUAGAAGAAAAGGAUGACCAACUCGAAAAUUCUUCAGUUGUCUAUAGUGAUGCAGUUGUUGAUGCACUUGUCGAUGAUUCAUAUUUAAGCAACAGCAAUGAUACAAACUCAAAAGACGGUGAAAAUAAUUUUGUAGCUGAUGAUGUUACGCAUGGUCCACCUGGUAAAAAAGAAAUUGCAACUGCUCUUGCUCUAUUCCGACAUCGACACAAAUUAUCCAAAUCCUGUAUAAACGACUUAUGUGAUUUGUUACGUUUAUUUGGAGUGAUUAAUGUACCAUCUGAUUUUCGUUCAAUUGAGAAAAUUCUUAUGAAAAACGAGGAGAAUAUUUUACAAGGUCAAAGUUAUAUUGUUUGUUCACAAUGUGGUAAUAAAGGUACUAGUUUAACAAACUGUGAGAGUGUUCAAUGUAAGUCCAACACUGGUUUUAUGUCAACACCUACAACACUAUGCACAUUUAAACUUUUUCCACAAAUAAGAUCGAUUCUUGAACGACAUAAUACUAUUCCUGAACCAGAUGGUACAAUCUCUAGUAUAUCUGAUAUUCGAGAAGGUGAAGUAUGCCGUAACAUUCUUCUUCGUGAACGAACUAUUGACUCAAGUAAACAAAUAAUCACUAUGUUACUAAACAGCGAUGGCAUAAUCUUGAAGAAGUUUAGUCGUUCGAUUUGGAUUACUUGUAUGGUGAUUAAUGAUUUACCUCGUCCAAUACGAUUUGAUAUUCGUAAUAUUAUAAUUUGUUCUAUGUCAAUGGGUGGAACUAAACCUAAAAAAGAUCAUUUUCAAAAUUUUAUUAAGGAUUGGGUGGCAGAACUGCAACAGUUAGAGUUAGGUUUUUAUGUAUCACCUCCAAAUUUAAAUGGAAAAUUUAUUAAAGUGCAUGCUUUCUUGACUGCAGCAGCCCUUGACAAGCCGGCACAGGCACUGUUGAUGAAUUUCAAUGAUCCAACCGGCUAUUAUAGUUGUCCUCGCUGCACGAUUAGAGGUAAUCUAUAA